CGGUGGGAAAUCAAAAGUCUACUUCUGCAGUCGCUCUGUCCCAUUAUCAGUUUGAAACACCCAGGUGGAAAGAUGAAGCCGUUUCUAAAGUUUACCUAAAGAGCUAUACGGAUUCCACCUGAAGAAUAAAUGGACGAACCUGACCUCAUACACGGAGUAACUACUGAUUCUACGUUUAAGAAGAAACGUCUAGCAGUAUCGUGUUCACGGCUCUGUUUGUGUCCCUGCAAUUCUCCUGACACUUUCCAGCUCCCCAGAGGAGUAGCUUGGCAUUGGGGAAGUGCACAUAGUAUACAAAGAAAUGACUGAACAGGGCUUCUCCGCUUCCACUCUAUUAAAGCGCUAUCGUCUGGCCAUGACAGAAUCAAACUCAGUCUCCUCACCAUCUGGUACUGCUGCUGAGGACCCGUCAGAGGGUAAGGACCUUUCAGCAGAUGGGGAUCCCAACUUCCCCUUGUCUUCACUGGCAGAACUUCUGGACAAUGAUGAUGGAUCACAGCCGCCCCAGGAUUCAGCUCGACCUGGACAACAGAAUGAUAACAAGCAGAACUCACGGAUAAGAUUCCCAGGAGCCUUUAAAAAGGGAGUUCCUAACCCCAUGGACCUUCUUGAGUCCACCAUGUCUGAGUAUCCAGUGGCACCUGGGCCUAAGAAAGCACCUAUGGACUCCCUGUUCGACUAUGGCACAUGUAGAGAGGUCAACAACCAGAAAAAACGCAGGAAGAAACUUCCACGAGGUAGCAGAAAAGGUCAGACGGCACUGCAUAUCGCCAUAGAACGACGAUGCAAACAGUAUGUGGAGCUUCUGGUGGAGAAGGGGGCUGAUGUUCAUGCCCAGGCCAGGGGCCGAUUUUUCCAGCCCAGAGAGGAGGGUGGAUACUUCUACUUCGGUGAGCUGCCUCUCUCACUCGCAGCUUGUACCAACCAACCAGACAUGGUGCAUUACUUGACUGAGAAUAGCCACAAGGCGGCAGAUCUGCGGAGGCAGGAUUUAAGGGGAAACACAGUCCUGCACGCCCUGGUCCAUAUCGCUGACAACACUCGGGACAACACGCGUUUCGUCACUAAGAUGUACGACUUGCUGCUCAUCAAAUGUGUCAAACUCUACCCAGACUGCAACUUGGAGAAUGUACUCAACAAUGAUGGCAUGUCCCCUCUCAUGAUGGCUGCCAAGCUGGGCAAAAUUGGGGUGUUCCAGCACAUUAUCCGGAGAGAGAUAAAAGAUGAAGAGGCUCGACAUCUUUCCCGGAAGUUUAAGGACUGGGCUUAUGGACCCGUCUACUCCAACCUGUAUGAUCUGUCUUCACUGGAUACCUGCGGAGAGGAAGUUUCUGUUCUGGAGAUACUCGUCUACAACAGCAAGAUUGAGAAUCGCCAUGAGAUGUUGGCGGUGGAACCCAUAAACGAGCUGCUGAGGGCCAAGUGGCAGAAGUUUGCCGCUGUGACCUUCUACAUCAGUGUGUUUUCCUACCUUGUCACCAUGAUCAUCUUCACUCUUGUGGCCUAUUAUCGUCCAUCAGUGGGUACACCCCCUUACGCCUACAACACCACAGAAGACAAGGUGCGUUUGGCAGGGGAGAUCAUAACCGUGGCUUCUGGAGUCUUUUUCUUUGUAACAAAUAUUAAGGACCUUUUCCUGAAGAAGUGCCCGGGGGUGAAUUCUUUAUUUAUUGAUGGAUCCUUUCAACUUCUCUACUUCAUCUACUCCGUGUUGGUGCUGGUGAGUGCAGCGCUGUAUCUAUCAGGGAUUGAGGCCUAUGUGUCUGUGAUGGUGUUUGCUCUAGUACUAGGUUGGAUGAACACCCUCUAUUUUACCAGAGGCCUUAAACUCACUGGAACUUACAGCAUCAUGAUUCAGAAGAUUCUAAUCAAAGAUUUGUUCCGGUUCCUGCUGGUCUAUGUGCUCUUCAUGAUCGGCUAUGCAUCAGCAUUAGUGUCACUGCUGACCAUCUGCCCUGAUAAGAAGACAUGUAAUGAUAGCUGCCCCAAAUACCCAGAAUGCCGAGAUACAAACACCUUCAGCGAAUUUCUCUUGGACCUGUUUAAGCUGACCAUAGGCAUUGGAGAGCUGGACGACAUGCUUAAAGGCGCACAGGAUCCCGUCGUCUUCCUCAUUCUCCUGGUCACCUACAUUAUUCUCACCUUCGUCCUGUUACUCAACAUGUUAAUCGCUUUGAUGGGAGAGACGGUGGGACAGGUGUCCAAAGAGAGCAAGCAGAUCUGGAAACUGCAGUGGGCAACAACUAUCCUGGACAUUGAGCGGUCCUUCCCUGUGUGUCUGCGGAAGUCUUUCCGUGUUGGAGAGAUGGUUACUGUGGGCAAGGGCUUGGAUGGAACGCCAGACAAACGCUGGUGUUUCAGGGUGGACGAGGUGAAGUGGUCUCACUGGAAUCAAAAUCUGGGGAUCAUAAAUGAGGAUCCAGGCCAGAAAGACCAUUACGAACAAACACAGGGUGGACGGGGCCUUCGAAGAGAUCGCUGGUCCACGGUCGUCCCAAGAGUGGUUGAACUGAACAGGGGCUCCAGAGACCAUACCGUAGAGAUGGAGCCUCUCACAGGCAGACACAGACAUAAGUCUGAAAGCUAAAGCUGAACGCUAAGGACUUAAAAGAGGGUCAAGCCCUUGAAACUUUUAUUACUGGGCUGACAGUUAUGUAUUUUAUAAAAGCUGACAAUAGUUCUACAGUUUUUAAUCACUAUUGGGAGAACAGCUCUCUCUCUCUCUCUCUAUAUAUAUAUAUUAUGACUUUUAAAAGUAUCCUGAUUUUUUAUGAUGAUGAUUGUGUUUUACAUGUAUAUUUGGACCCAUGAGACACUCAGGGACAUAUUUAAUGUGUAAUGUUGUAGUGUUUUUCAUGGAGUGUGCAAUAGAUUUUUUAUUUUUUUUUGAUCAAAAAACAAUGUCUUGGAUUUGAGUAUCAGCGUCUGUCUGCUUUGAUUUCUGCUGACAUUUUUUGUGGAUUAUGUGGAAAAGGUUACAUUUUAAUCAAUAAUCAUGUCAGAUUACCUCAGUGUUAAAUGUGCCUUGUGAUAAAGUACAGUCUUUUUUUUUAAUGAAAAAUUAUUUUGUUAUAUUGCCAACCCAUAAUGGAAGGACAAAAAUGCUGCUCUGAUUUGGCCUUUGGCUUUGUUUUGUAAUAAAGGUCAUGUAGAAAACAGAUGUGGCACCCACACCAGGAGUGUGUACAAUGCCAGACAGCAGCAGUUUGCUAUUUUCACCUCAGUAUGCUAGCAAUAGUGUGACACUGAACUUAAUU